GGGGGUGCGCAUAAAUUCCCUUUUUCUUUUCUUUUUUUUUUUUACUUGCUCGCGUUAUUAUAUUCUCCCAAAAUGCCUAAUUUUGCAGACAUUGCGCUAUCCAUGGCCAUGGUGAUAGGUCCUGUUGUGGGCUAUGUGGACCAAUACUUUUUAAUCAAGAGAAAACAGUCAAGUGUCGGGUUUAACCCAAUGACUUGCGCCAUUCUUUUAUUUGCAAAUAUCCUUCGUAUCUUUUUCUGGAUAGGAAAACGCUUUGAUGAUACAUUACUGUUUCAAUCAAUCACUAUGAUUAUUGCCAUGUUAAUCUUACUUCAAGUGGUAGUGAGUUAUAAACAUGACGAUGCCAAUUAUUCUGUCCUCUACAGCGAACUACGAAACUCGUUUUCAUCCAACUCGAUUGAAGCAGAAUUAGCAGCAGAAGAAAAUGGGUUGGAAAGAAAGGAGACCUGGUGGAAACAACAGUUUUGGAGCUGGGAUCAUUAUUUGGAUUAUAUCAAUUGUCUGCUUGGAUUUACAACAGUGAUUGCAUUCCUGUAUAUGCUUUUUCGCUCUUACCCAGCAUUUAUUGAAACAUUGGGUGCAGCGAGUCUUGGGAUUGAGAGCAUGUUGCCACUACCGCAAUGCAUAUCCAACUUUAAAAAUAAGUCAACGACUGGUUUUAGUCUAAUUGUGCUCGGUUCCUGGUUCCUAGGAGACGGGUUCAAGUUGUUUUACUUUAUUUACACUGGUGCGCCACUUCAGUUUAUUAUUUGUGGAGCCAUUCAACUUUCCAUUGAUUCCAUCAUCGUACUUGAAUUUGUCUUGUUCUCUCCCUUUGUCAAGAACAAGUGGAGUAAAGACAGUUGGAUCAAUCGACAUGCAGAAGAAGAUAACAUGGACCUAUUGGAAGAACAUCAGUAACAAAAAAAAAAUACGUGACCACCCAAAUAAUAAUAAAAGAAUAUGAGAGAGUAACCUUUUUUUUUUUUUUAUUUAUU